AUGGCUGAUCUCUGUUCGUCAAGAAAAAACAAGAUUGGAAAUUGGAAGAGUUUUCAUCGAACUUUGAAAGUAUGUGAAUUACAUUUUCGCAAAGAAGACAUUCUUCAUGAAGCAGAAUUCUUCGAUGAAAAGUCGAUGAGACUUCUAAAGAGUGAAAUAUUUGGUAUGUCCCACAAUGACUCAAAUGCUGCAUCCAGUGCUUUCACAUUUAUGAUCCAAAGUUUAUUGUCUCCGUACAAAGAUGUGGCACAUAUUUUGCCAGUCCGUAGCAUAGAUGCUGACGAUUUCCAUUCAUAUAUAAAAAAAAUCUUGAUUGGUUUAGCUGCCAUAGGGUUUAAUGUCAUAUCAGUAGCCACUGACAAUAAUGCUAUUAAUAAAAAGGCCGUUACUAUGUUUGCCUCUCCCCUUGAGUCGCGGGUUAGGUAUGAUUAUCCUGGAAGUCCAGGAAAAUAUUUCUAUUUUUCUUUUGAUUCCGUUCAUAUUUUUACAGACUACAUUCAGAUUCUUUGCAAGUGGUGGUCAAUAAUGAAUGUGAAAACUUUGUAUAAGGGUGAGCAUAAAAGGGAUGAGUUCCAAACGCCUCUCACACCAAAUACUGACACAGCUCAGUAUAAGUUCUUAACUAACUUUAUUAAUUGGUUAGACAAAUGGGAGGAAAUGAAUUGUACAACUGGUGGAUUAACAAAGCAAACCCAUCUAGCCAUAAGCCAUACUACAAAAGCUAUGCUUGCUCUUGCCGAGUACUGUUUUAAAACUUUAAAUUUCGAUUAUUUUUUACCAGGGAAAAUACAGACUCAUUAGAAGACAGAUUUGGGUCUUACCGUACAUUGGCAGGGUCAAAUUACAAUGUCAGUAUACGUCAAAUUUAUGACACUGAAACAAAAUUGAGAAUGCAAACAAUUUUACCCCUUGUGUUAAAAUUGAAAAGUUGUGGAGAAUUGUUACUAAGUUUUUUUCAGGACAAACAUUGGGAUGAAGAUGAAGAUAGCUCAGAUUCAUAUCCUUUUUUUAAUGGUUUUCUAAUCACUCCGGAAGAAAUGGUAAGUACUCAAUCGAGUUUGCCAAUUUUAACAUACAUUAGUGGAUAUGCAGCUCAUAAAGUUCUAUUGAAACUAAAGUGUGAACAAUGUCGAUCAACUUUAUGCAUUGAUAAGCCCCUUGACACAGAUGUAAACAAUGAUUGGAUAUCAAAAUUAGACAGAGGGGGGUUGAAAUACCCACAUCCCGAAGUUGUUUGUGUUUCUCAAUUCACAUAUGCAGUUGUAAACAAAUUGUUGUCAACACAUUUUGAAUCAAAUUUUAUCAGUUGUCAAAAUCACAGAAAGGUUGUAAAA